UGCGACCAUCGAUCUCCCAUUGCGCUGGCCUCUCGAUCAACCACUCCAUCGCUGAACCACACAUCACAGGGUUAGCAUCACGAACCGCAAACUCCCAACCACAGUGAGCACACGGUGCUGAAGUUACAGCUUCCCACUGUGCUUCAGCAUUGAGACCGUGAGCAGCCAGCGUGAAGGAUGUCGCAAUUACAAGAGGACCCCGCCACGGUGCUCGAACAGUUCGUGCAUGAUGUGGCCAACUUGCCCGCCGAAAUCAAUCACCUGAUGGAGGAGAUCCAAGCCAAAGACAAGACCAUCCAAGAAUGCCGGACGACCAUCAACUCGCGCGACACCAGUCUCCAGAAAUUCAUCAAACUCAACGGCAGCCUGACGCCCAACCCGAAGGAGGAGCAGUACAGCAAGACCAUUCUGCAGAAUCUCGACAAAUCGCAACUCCUGCAGGACGAGAAGAUCCAACUCAGCGAGAAGGCCUGCGUCCUCCUGGACCGCCAGAUCAAGCGCCUGGACAUCGCGAUCCACAAACUCCAAAGCAACGGCAUGCUCUCGAACGAUCCCCCGCUCCCUUCCCUCUUCCACAACAAAGACCAAUACCGCGACCCCCCGCGCAUCUUCUUCCCAGACGCCGCCGUUGACGCCGCCGGCGGUGCAUCCUCCUCCCCAACCGCCCACGCCGCCAAUGGCGGCGGCGGCGGCUCUGCCUCCGCCUCCGGCGGCGCGGCGAAUCUCAUCCUGGGCGCCACCCAACGCCUGAACCAGUCCCUCGGCCGCAACGCCACGACCGCCGCCGCGGCCGCCGCUCUGCUGAGCUCCCCGUCCGCCGCGCGCUCCUCCGCCCCCGCCACCCCGUCGGGCACCGUGCACUUCCAGCAACGGCACCAGCGCGAAUCGUCCGCCGGCGCCGUCGAGAACAAGCGCCGCCGGCUGAACGCCUCCCUGGGCACCCUCCCCGCCGCCUCCUCCAACCUCCGUCAAUCCUCGCUGGGUCCCGGCACGCCGAAAGGCGGGGGCACGCCCGCCUCCAGCCGCGCCGGCAGCGCCGGGCCCCGCAGCUCCGCCUCGACCACGAAGAAGGCCCUCACCAAGAAGGUCGCGCCGCACCAGCAGCUCAAGAAACUCAAGGCCGGCAGUGGCGGCGGCGGCGGCGGUGGCAGCGGCGGGUUGAAUGGGAAGCACACCAAGCGAUCCUCCAGCGCCAGCGGCCGCCUUAAACUCACCAAGAAAUCCUCCCCUUCGUCAUCAGCGGCUGCUGGACCUGGUGGUGGCGGCGGCGGCGGCGGUGAAGACGACGAGGAUGAUUCCCUGCUCAGCAGCGCCGACAUGUCGGACUCGGAACAUGCCGGGGUGGGCGGCGGCGGCGGCGGCGGCGCGGAGGACGAUCUGGACGAGGAGGAGGAGGACGAGGGCAACGAGGAUACCAAGGUGUAUUGUACGUGUCGCAGCGUCAGCCAUGGCGAUAUGGUGGCGUGCGACAACGAGGACUGCGAGUUCGAGUGGUUCCAUUGGAAGUGUGUCGGGUUGACCCGCGAGCCCGUGGGCAAGUGGUAUUGUCCGCAGUGUUCGGCGAAAUUGGGGGCGUGAUCUUAGUUUUUUUUUCCCCCUUUUUCUUUCUGGGGCGGGUGGGCUGCUCCCGGUGUCUGUCGUCUUUAUACCCUUGUACUUUUUUUUUGAUUAUUUUGGAGUCAGGUUUAGCACCCCUUCAUGCAUGGAAGGGUUGAUGACUUGAGUUUAGUGGGCCUAACACAUGAUCCCAAUUGACCUAAUAUACCAACCAGGCUGUAAUGUAAAUGUAUGUUAUUCUUG